AUGGACCCCGCAUCGGCAUUCGGGCUUGCGGCGUCAGUCGCUCAAUUUGUGACGUUCACAUCGGCAUUGAUCUCAAAGGGUGCUGAAAUAUACCGUUCCACAAGUGGUUUGAGCAGCGAUAUCUCGACCGUUGAAGCAAUUUAUAGGAAAUUGCAUGAUCUGGAGUGUACUCUGACCGCACCAGUGCAUGAUCUCGGUGGACAGUGCACUAAACAAGUUGAAGCGAUAGCCGAACUAUCUAGAGCUUGCCAUGCAGACUGCAAACAAUUACUCGCCACUAUCGCAAAACUCAAGGUUCAAGAUGGGCCCGGACACAAGUGGAAAAGUUUUCGAGCCGCAUUGAAAACCCACUGGAAAGACGGAGACAUCACCAAGCUGGAAGAUCGGCUGCACAAGACACAGACAAGUCUGACACUUCAAAUUUGUACAAUUUCAAGUUAUUAUCACGAUGUCCACAUUCGUACAUUGAGAGAGCUUCAAUUAGGGAGCGAGCGAUUAAAAAUCGACCAGACAUGCAGAUUAGACAAAAUUCAGCAAGCCCUGGGAGAAAUACGUCAAAGAGUCCUCAUAUCGCCACAGCCUGGGCAAUCAUUCUCUCCUGUCACUAUUACCGACAUCGAGAGAGAAUUGUCGUCCAUGUCUAUCGCUGAGAAUGAUAUCACUAAGCAGCAGUCUAUACUCCAGAGUUUAACAUUUGCGCACCGGAGUGCCAGACAUGCUGUCAUCACAGAUGCUCAUAUCAGAACCUUUGAAUGGAUAUUUAAAGAGGAUAGCGUCUGUGGUGGUGCCUUUCUCGAUUGGCUGAACAAUGGCAAUGGCAUAUUCUGGGUCUCUGGUAAGCCAGGCUCUGGCAAGUCUACACUGAUGAAGUUUAUCGCCGAUCAUUCUCGGACUGCUCGCAUCCUAUCUGCUUGGUCUUCUCCGAAGCCCACAUACGUUGCCAGUCACUACUUUUGGAGUGCAGGCACCAAAAUGCAGAGAUCACAAGAGGGCCUUUUACAAACGCUACUCUACGAAAUAUUUCGUCAAUGUCCGGAUUUGUUACAGGUAGCCUGCCACCAACGAUGGCAGGAUGUGGAUCCUGAGCAUCUGUCGAAGCCUUGGAACUUAUCCGAACUACGAAUUGUUUUGAAAGAGGUGGCUGAUCAAGCAGACAUAUCUCAGAAAUUCUGCUUCUUCGUCGACGGUCUUGAUGAGUUCACAGGGGACCGUCAAGACCUCUGCCAGGAUCUAGUGGACCUCUCCCAGUCCCCCAACAUCAAGCUGUGUAUUUCGAGUCGACCCUGGAACGUGUUUGAACAGAACUUCGGGGGCGACCCUGGCAGAAAGCUUUAUAUCCACCAGCUAACUCAUAACGAUAUUCGAAGCUACACAGAACUACGGCUAUUAGAUCAUCCGGGCUGGAAAACUCUAGAGUCAGAGGUUAUGGGUGCUCACUUGCUUAUAGACCAGGUCACGGAGAGGUCACGGGGUGUAUUCCUUUGGGUAUUUUUCGUAACCAAACUCUUGCGAGAAGGCUUGGAGGAGGAUGACAGCUUCUCCGACCUAUGCAGGCGCCUUGAGAGCUUCCCAUCAGACUUGGAGCCAUUCUUCAAGCACAUGCUGGAGACGGUACAGCCAAUCCAUCAUGAAAAGAUGAGCGGCGUCCUAGCCAUCGCGAUCAAGGCCAGGUCUCCAUUAGACAUAUCAAUCUAUCGCUUCCAUAGUCUUGAGUAUGAGUCGGUGGACUAUGCAUUGGAAAGGCCUGUGGAAACCCAAGACGAGCAGGAAGAGAAAGUUUGGUAUAGAAAGACCAAACGACGCUUGAAUGGCUGGUGCAGGGGACUGUUGGAGGUCAAGCAGGGCCGAGUGGACUUUCUUCAUCGCACGGUUAUGGACUUUCUCAGAACGAAAGAGAUGUCUGAUUUUCUGCGAGCCAAAAACACGGAUGGGUUCAACGCCAACCUGUCGAUUCUCAGAGCCUACACGGCAUGGAUCAAGACUACACCAUCCAACAACAAGAUACUACGCACUGGUCCCGGCAGCUAUAGUGACACUCCCUUGGCAUCGCGGAUAAGAGAGGCUAUUACAUACGCUGGUGAGUUGGAAGAUGAGACCGACAACUACACUCAAGCCGAGAUCGUUCUUCUCGACACAAUUGAAGCCACCAUGUGUGCUAUAGAUCGCAAAACAGAAGACAGGGUAUUCCCCAUAUCCGAGGGCUUCAACUCGGAUGGUGCAAAGCUAUUCUUUAGAGAGCAUAUUGUUAAGAAAAUGCUCUCAAAAUAUCUAUCGCACAAAGUUCGAGAGGUUGACUAUUUCAACGAAUUUGAGAUGACGCCGUUAGCUAUGGUUAUCCACUCAGAGCUCUGGCCUGACAGAGAGAAUUUACCUUGGCCUGAAAAAUGCAUCAGGAUGCUGAAGCUCUUGUUGGAAAGCGGAGAGAGUCCUAACGAUCAAUUCGAGCUUAAUGUCAAGCACGACAGUCAUCAAGCUACCAUGAUGUCAGCCUGGGCUAUGCUUUUCUUCUGGAUUGUUCCUAGUUUGAUCGGAGAAAUAGGGCCGAAAUUCAUCCCAACCUUACAGAGUGAUCUCUUGCCACUGUUCUUGAAGCACAAGGCCAAUCCCAAUGCUUUGGUUUGGAGACUUGAGCAUGGACUUACUGGGCAAAAGAAGUCAGCAUACUCGUCAGUCUGGAGAGACAUAGUUCUUGCCUCAUUCCAGAUGCAAGGGAGGCCCGAUGCAGACCGCUAUCUUCGGCUUCUUGAUGACUUUCUCGACGCUGGAGCCGAAUCCGAAAUGCCAUCCUUCGGGACAAUAUCACGUGGUCGGCUUCGAGCGACAAUCGAGGAGACCAUACUGGAAGAGUUCCUGCAGAGAUUGGAAACCAACAAUGAGGGCAUCUCUGAUGUACAACUCUUGGCUUAUGUGGCAGAUAAGUUGUUGUCAAAGGUUUCGGAAGAGACAUUAGUAAAGGAGCAUAUCUGGAAAGCUAUUUGCGUGGCUUUUCCUGGUUGUUUCGGAAGCCAAUUGCAAGACAAAUACCUGCCUCAGGGGAGCAAAAUGCGAGAUUUAUACUGGCUAAAGACUGAAGAAGACAUUAGUGCAACCUGGAGCAUAAAAGGAAACAGGGGAAAUAAAAGACGUCAGGCAGUAGCUCUUAUGCCUGAGAUAUCUAAAAAUGUAUCUAAAAAGCCUAAGACAUAG